AUGCACUCUCAGGACAGGACGACUAGACAUCCUGACGGCGCUAGAGAGCUCUAUUUUUUUUCAAUAUUCAAAGAGCCAGGUACAUAUUCUGAAGCACUCAUGUUGGUCACGUCUAGGCGCCGAGCAGAAAUGCUUCGUUAUCUCUUGCCAAUACGAGCCACAAUCCGACCUGAAGCGCUUUUUGUUCAGCCGCUUGAAAAUAAGGCCGAAGAACAGUUGACUUUCAGGGGACCAUCUAAACGCAAGUUCAAAGCGUUGGAUCAGAUCGUUGAUUACACCGAUGUCCUUCUGGAACUCUCACAGCACGACACGCAAGUGGCUCGCCUGAACAAGGAGCCAUUCAGGGAAGCAAUGCAAAAUGAGCAUGUAGAAUGCGUCCGAGUAUUUAUCGACUUGUUUACCAAGGACGAUAGACACCGUGCAGCAAUCUGCACUCACCUACUUUCGUUGACCUUGCCCCAUGUUGAAUUGCUUACAUAUUUUCUCAGCCAGGGUGCUGACCCAGAUACACAGCAUUUUGAAACUGGUGAGAUUUUGUUGCACCGCGCUGCAGCCAGAGGGGAUGAGAGUGCACUCAGGGCUAUUUUAUCUUCUGGCUCACAGGUUUCCCUGUAA